AUGUCACGCUGGGGCAAGAACAUAGUGGUGCCGCUGGAUUCGCUCUGCAAGGAGAAGGAGAACACCAAUCGGCCCACCGUCGCCCGAUCGGUGGGCACCGUGGGCAAAUGGGGCAAGAUGGGCUUCACUUCCACACGCACCUACACACUGUCCGCCCUGCAUCCGAUGGCAGCGGCUGCGGCGGCGGCUGCUGCAGCCGCCAGUCCCGCACAGAGUCCAGCCUCCACGCACGACCACGAUCCCAACGACAUGUCCGUUUCGGUGCCGGAGCCGCCGAAGCCGAAGAAGUUCUUCAAGUCGCGCAAUGCCGCUCCGCCGGAGGUUAUUGCCCAAAUCAUACAGCAGCUACCGCAUUGCGGUGCGGGUGCAUCGCCCAUGCGGGAACAAGCAUCGACUGGUGGCGGCGCCACGCCCACCUCUGGAACCCACGAGAGCGGCGGUGGACUCAAGCUGAAGCUGGGCAAGGGCGGCAGCUCCGCAGAGCGGAAGCGCAAGUCGCCCAAGAAGAAGGCCGCCGCAACGCCUACGACGCCCGGUGCGUUCUUCGGCGGUUCCGAUCGGGAGCGGGAUAAGGAAGGCCUGAGUGAUCCCUCGGACCAACCGGAGCCGGGUGACGAGCCGCGUGGCAGUGCGUCGGCCAAGAAGAAGAAACCCAAGGAGGAGAAGAAACUAAAGCCGGAGGCGCCGCCGUCACGGAUCCUGGGUCGCGCCCGCAAGGCUGUCAACUAUUGCGAGGUGGACGAUGAGGAGCGCUAUCCCACGCCCACCAAGGAUCUGAUCAUUCCCAAGGCGGGACGCGGUCCAGCGGAAGCGACGGCAGCGACUGCCUCGGCCAUUUCAUCAGCGUCAGGAACCGCCACCGCCACCUCGGAAGCCUUUAUCUCCUCGACGGCCGGCAGCCCUGGGUCUGGACCGGCGCUACCUCCGCCCACAUCGGCGCCCAGUGCUAUCACGGUCCCGAUACCCCAACUGUCCGCCGGUGCGUCCAACCCGCCGAGCGCUUCCCGGACGCCGGAACAUCCUCCCAUAGUGCUCCGCAUCUCCAAGGGCACAUCCCGUCUGGUCAGCACAGAUAGCGAGGAGCCGCCGAGCAGCUCGCCCGCUCACUACAAUCAGCAGCAGCUGGCCACGGAGCCGGAGCCGGCGGAUCGGAGUGCAGACGAAACAGUUCCUCCUGCAAGCACGCCAAAAAUCAUUGUGAAGCCGCUGAGGCCGCCGGACUCGGCGGAGGGAUCAGCAGCAGCGGCAGUGACGGAAGCAGCAACUGCCACCGAGGCGCAGGACAACAACGAGGACGAGGAAGACGAGGAGGAGGAGGAGGAAGAAGAGGAGGAGCCGCCCGAGAUCAACUACUGCACGGUGAAGAUAUCACCCGACAAGCCGCCCAAGGAGCGACUCAAGCUGAUCAUCAAGACGGACGUGAUCCGCAACGCCAUUGCCAAAGCAGCCGCUGCCGCGGAGUCGCGCAGCGAGAAAAAGUCCAAGAGCAAGAAGCACAAGCACAAGCAGCUGCUGGCGGCGGGAUCAGCUGCUCCAGCAACCGGAGCCUCCACGCCGGCAGAGAUUAGCUCGGAAUUCAAGACACCCUCACCUCAUCUGGCCCUCAGCGAGGCGCAGCAAACGCAUACGCAUCCGCAUCAUCAUCACCAUCUCCAUCCGCAGCGGGGAUCCGCGGUCAUAUCGCCCACAACGCGCUCUGACCACGACUUUGACUCGCAGUCCUCGGUGCUGGGCAGCAUAUCCUCCAAGGGCAACAGCACGCCGCAACUGCUGGCGCAGGCUGUGCAGGAGGACAGCUGCGUAAUCCGCAGCCGGGGCUCGAGCGUGAUAACCAGUGACUUGGAGACGAGUCAGCACUCGUCGCUAGUGGCCCCACCCUCAGACAUUGAGUCGCGUCUGGAGUCCAUGAUGAUGACCAUUGACGGCACUGGUACGGGAACGGCGGCUGCGACAGCAUUGCCCGAAACGCCACUCCAAGAGGACAUCCUGGCUGUGCUGCGUGGCGAGGUCCCGCGCCUGAAUGGCAACACAGAUGCCGUGGCCAACGAGGAGCACCAGCAGGAGCAACAGCAGCCCAAGAGAGCCACACGUGGCCGGGGUAGGAAGGCAAAUAACAACGUAGAAGUACCUCCUCCGGCUACGGAGACCAGAACACGAGGCAGGGCUAAGGGAGCUGAUGCGGCUGCCACUGUGGCGGCCAUUUCACCGCCGACGCCGAAGAGGAGCACGCGAGGUACACGUGGAUCGAAGAAGGCCGAGGCGACAACAGAGGCGGACAUGGAAGUGGACGAACCUGCAGCGCCUGUGGCGGUGAAUGAAGAGCAGUUGGACCAGGCUGCGGCGCAACCUUUGCCUUUGCGGAGAGGACGCAAUGCCGCCGCCCGGGCCAAUAACAAUAAUUCGGCCAGCAUCAAUAAUAACAUCAACAAGAUAGCCGCCAGUCUGUCGGCCAAGGCCAAGGACGAAGCCAAUCGCCUGGCGGAGGGCAGUGGAGCGGCGGCGGCAGCAGCACCAGCACGUAGCUACGGCCGGAAGCGGAAGAACCAGCAGGUGGCACAAGCCCAGGUGCAGCCGGACGAGCAGCAGCAGCAGCAUCAGGCGCCCGAUCAUGAAGAGGAAACGCCCGAGGGCGAGGAAGAGCACCCCACGCCAGCCAAGAUCCCACACAGGGACCACUCUCCGACGGAUCACGACCCGGAUCCCGAUCCCGAUGAUCUCUCCAACAAUUCGAACAACUCUUCGAUGCAGCACGAUGGCUCCUCCUCCUCACCUCCGCCGCGUGACUUCAAGUUCAAGGAUAAGUUUAAACGAACCCUGACCUUGGACUCGCAGGUGGCGGCCAAUGCCGGAGCGGCAGGUGCAGCAGCAGCGGCAGCAGCAGCUGCAGCGGCGGCGGCAGGAGAUGCGGGAGCAACGGCAGGCACUGGAGUAACGACGGAAACGGAAGCCUAUGGCGAGCAACGUGGUGCCGUCAAGUUGGUCAUCUCGAAAAAGAAGGGCAGCAUCUUCAAGAGCCGCGCCCUAGUGCCAUCCGAUCAGGCGGAGCAAGCGUCUGUGGCCAAACGUCAUCUGUACAAGCACAGCUGGGAUGCGGCCCUGGAGGCGAAUGGCGGCGGAACGGGUAGUGAUGCAAGCAACGCCUCUGCUUCGGGCGGUGGAGUGCCUGGAGCCAAGGAUCACCUGCUACACCAUUUGGCGGCGGGCAAAUCCGAUGGUGACUUCGGUGAUAGUCCCUCGUCCAACAAUAAUGGCUCCUCCAGCGGCGGCAGCAGUGUGUCCACGCUACGUGGCGACAGUCCGGCAUUGGGCAAGAUCUCGCGGCUGGCGGGGAAGCAGGGAGUUCCCACCGGCACAGCCACCGGAGUGGAUGCUUUCGAUCUGGACCUGGAGACGGGAGCGGAGGAACUGGGCGUAGAGAGAUCGACGGCAAGCGGAGCUAUCAGCGGAACAGGAACAGCAGCUGCUGGCGGAGGAGCUGCCGGCAGCGGUGGUGGACCCAUUCGUGUCGAUCGCAAGACAAAGGACUACUACACCGUGGUGCGGAACGUGAAGACGGCUCAUCAAAUUCAAGAGAUUGGUGAAUACCAGGAAAUGGACGAUGAUGUCGAGUACAUUCUGGACGCCCUGCAGCCGCACAAUCCGCCGGCAACCCGAUGCCUUUCGGCCCUGCAGUUAGCCGCCAAGUGUAUGAUGCCUGCCUUCCGGAUGCAUGUGCGUGCCCACGGCGUGGUCACCAAGUUUUUCAAGGCCUUAUCCGAUGCCAACAAAGACCUCAGCCUGGGCCUGUGCACCUCUGCCAUUAUGUACAUACUGUCACAGGAGGGCCUCAACAUGGACUUGGACCGUGAUUCCCUGGAGCUGAUGAUCAAUCUACUAGAGGCAGACGGUGUCGGUGGUGGCACACUGGUCGGGCACACGGAUCGAGCUGGCUACGAGCGGAACAAGCAAAAGGUGCGUGAGCUCUGCGAGGAGAUCAAGGCCCAGGGCAAGGGCACGCAUCUCAAUGUCGACUCGUUAACGGUGGGCACGCUGGCCAUGGAGACGCUGCUCUCGCUGACAUCUAAGCGGGCAGGCGAAUGGUUCAAGGAGGAUCUGCGCAAACUGGGCGGACUGGAGCACAUCAUCAAGACCAUUUCGGACUUUUGUCGACCGGUGAUUACCUGCGAGGCCAAGGAGAUAUCGUGGCUGCCGGCGCUGCUGGAUAAUAUGCAGACGGUGGCACGCUGUCUGCGAGUCCUCGAGAAUGUGACGCAGCACAAUGAGGCGAACCAGCGAUAUAUGCUCACCUUUGGGCAGGGUAAAGCCGUGGAGACGCUCUGCCAGCUGUACCGUCUGUGCUGUAGCCAGCUAAUGCUGCAUCCGUCGAUGGACUGUCCGGGCAGUAAUAAGGAGCAUCCGGGCGUGGUUAUGCGCGAGCUGCUGGUCCCAGUGCUCAAGGUGCUUAUCAAUCUGACCCACACCUUUAACGAAUCGCAACCGUCACUGGGCGCCGAGUUGCUGGGCCAGCGCGGCGAUGUUGUGGAGACCUGCUUCCGCUUGCUGCUCCUCUCGGCGAACUACAUUCCCGAUCACUGCGUCUUCGAGCUCAGCAUACUGGUACUCACUCUGCUGAUUAACCUGUGCAUGCAUACGGUGCCCAAUCGCGCUGCCCUGAUGCAGGCAGCCGCUCCGGCCGAGUACGUGGCUGAUAAUCCACCGGCACAGGGAUCCGUGAGUGCGCUGCAAGCUCUGCUCGAGUACUUUUACAAAUGCGAGGAGCUGGCCAGAUUGGUGGAGAAAAACACGGACGCGUUUCUUGAGAGCAACGAGAAGAGCAAAAAGAAGCAGGAAGAGGUUGAGGAGACGGUCAACAAUCUCCUGCAACGCGCUGGUCACCACAUGGAGCACACACUGAAGGGUAGCUAUGCGGCCAUUUUGCUGGGAAAUCUGAUCGCUGACAAUGAGAAGUACGAGGCGUUAGUGCGACGCCAAUUGCGGGGAGAUAGCUUCAAGGAGAUAAUCGGUGUGCUGGAGAAGUAUCACACAUUCAUGAACCUGACCUCCAGCUUGGAGGCGGCCUUUGUGGCUCACAUGAAGUCGACAAAGCGCAUUAUUGAUAACUUCAAGAAGCGUGACUACAUCUACGAGCAUUCGGAUGACCACACCCUGCCCCUAAACUUAGAGACGACAUCGACGGCGGCAGCGAUAGCAGAUGGAACGGACGGUCAAUCCACAUCCAUAACUGCUACCUCGUCCACAUCGCCACCGCCAGGAUCGACGCGGGUGCAGCGCGUGUAUAAGACGUACAGCAGCCACAGAUAAUUGCGAUCUGUAUCGGAAUCGAAAUGGGGAUCCGCAGCAAAGUCGGAUUGGAGAGCCAUCCACACGGAAAGCCUGCCACCAAAAUGAAUUAUGUUUUGUGAUUAUGUAUGUAACUUGUUUAUUCGCUGACAUAGUAGCAGCCACCACUAUAUGGUGUGUGAGUGUAUAGUAUAUGUAAUGCACCUAGUUUCGGUCAUCGCCCCCAUCCCACGAGUAUAUAUAUUCCACUAUAUAUAGUUAGCAACGAUGCGAUCUGUGCUUCGUAUUAACCAAAAGUGAUAGCGAAAGUUCUUGAACGUGGUCGGAGUCCCUUAACUGACGAGAAAACCGAAAUGGAAAUGAAAAUGAAAUGAACAACACAACACUAAACAGAUCCAAAUCCACCACAACAGAUAUGAUGUGUACGUUAUAUAGUCAUAAGCAAUAUUAGCAGCAGCGGCUUACACCCUCACAAAACACACCCCAUACACCCAUGUAAAUAUUGUUUAAUCCAGCGAUUUUAUCGGACACGUCCUAGGUUUAUUUCGAAUGUGUGUUUUUUUUACUUUGUAUUCUUACAUUUAUAUUAUAUAUUAAAGCAUUACUAUUUUUUUUUCUUGUACUUUACGACUCUUGCUACUGAAAAAAACAGCGAGAGGUUAGUAGCAAUAGAGUUAGUAGCGAGACAUGUGUGUAAAGAGAGGACGAGAGAUGGGAGUAGCGAUAGCCCGGAGUCGUGGAGCAGAAUAAAGUUAUUUUAUUGCCUAAAACUAAGCUAAAGAAACUCUACUUAUAAAACUAAAAACUGAUCAAUAAAUAAAUAUAUAUAUAUACAUAUAUAUAUAUAUAUGGAUAUAUGUGUACGUUUACAACCACAAAAAUGUCAGAUUUAGGCUACAAAAAUCCAGAUGUAACGAUAGAAAAAGAAAACAAGCAACUGCACAUGCGUGCGGAUGAAGAAAGAAACAAUUUCGGGAACAAAAUAUAUGUAUAUUUAUUUUGUGUUUUCAACGAGUACAUCAUAUAUUGUUCU